GGUACUAGGUAGUUCAUAUUUCGUUCAAUCUGAUCAGUCAGUCAAUCGAAAGUGCGUCUCUCCGAGUGCGCAAUUCAGGUGCUCGUGGGUUGUUAUUAAACUUAUUUAUUUCUAUCCAUUUGACAAUCUGUGAAUCAACCAUUGAUAAGUUUUUUUUUUUCUGAUUAUGCGAAAAUGCAAUUAUUGAAUUCAUUAGAGUGUUUAAUUGAUUAAGAUAUUUUUUUUUUAUAUAUUUUAAUAUUUAAACUGAUGUCUUUGAGGGAUUUUUGGUCAGAAGUUUAUUGCCAGUGGAACAGGCAAGGUUGUUAUUGAAACGUGUUCUUACCUUGAUCACCUGAAUCAAUAUAAAAUCAGUGUCAAUGCAAAAAAUGCUAAACUUUAAGGUGAUUUGUAUCUUACUUGUGUUGAAUGUUUCUCAGAGAGCAGUGGUUAAUGGUGAUUCGUUAAAAAUCGUUGAUGAAACUCAAGGAAGUGAAAACGGAAAAAACUUUUCUAGCAAAAGUUUUGAAUUUAUGAAAUUGAAUUGGGAAAAUGAAUUCCUUAACGAUAUCACAUAUGGAGAACAAUUCCAACUGAAUUCUAGUUCGGCGUGUAACCGGCAUAUACGUACGAUUGUAACGGCAGUUAAAAACGGUGACAUAUGGGCACUCGAGUUUAUCGAUUCAUGGGGUAAGAUUCCCUCCGGAAUACUCUAUGGUCAUUUAGUUGAACUGGGCAGCUUUGACGAAUGUUUACAAACAGAACAUUACAUUGAAAACCAGGAAAAUAAUGAUCUAAUUCUUGGCCAAUAUUGCAUGACAACUCUUCCAUUUGGCAAAUUAGUCAAAAACAUUUACCCACAGCUUUCAGAAGUUGAAAAGCUUAGUAUUGGCAUCUGUAUCCCUCGAUCAUGUGAAGCAUUUGAAGUCAAUGAAAUUUUAACUAGAACAUUGUCAAGGAUUUUUAAUGUUUCGAAUGUGUCAGAUAUAGUGACACAGGGAAAAUGCAUACAAAAUAGCAAAUUAAAAUUUGAUACAAUUGACUGGAUUGCAAUAUCAAUAUUUUCAUUUGUAGGUUUCCUAAUUUUGUUUAGUACCAUUUACGAUGUAUAUUCAAAAAGACGAGGAAGUGAUCCCAAUGAAGGUCUGGUGGCAUUUUCACUUUAUGUCAAUAUGACCAUCUUGUUCCGAACUUCAUCGAAGAAGUCACCAAAUGUUAUAAGCUGUCUCAAUGGUAUUCGUUGUAUGUCAAUUAUAUGGAUAAUCUAUGGUCAUGAUUAUAUGUUUAAUUUGCUUUUACCAAAUGCAAAUAGCAAGGAUAUUGUCGAGUGGGCUCAAACUCCUUUCUCUAUGUUUUUGCAAAGUGGGACCAUUUGUGUAGACUCAUUCUUCUUUCUCAGUGGCUUGCUUCUUAUUUGGGCUGGCUUGAAGGAAAUGGAAAGGUCUAAAGGAAAGUUAAACGUACUUCAAAUGUACCUGCAUCGAUAUAUUCGUCUGACUCCAAUAGUUGCUGCUGCUAUUCUCUUUUAUGUCAGCCUAUUUCGUCAUAUGGGAAAUGGACCAUUAUGGAACGAUUUUACUAGUCCCAAUAAGCUUUGUCAUGAAACUUGGUGGGCAACACUUUUGUAUGUUCAAAACUAUGCUGCUGCUGGAAAAAUGUGUUUGGGACAUACUUGGUAUUUAGCUGUGGACAUGCAAUUAUAUAUUCUGUCCCCAUUGAUCUUAAUUCCAAUAUUCAAAUGGAAGAAAAAAGCCAUUGCAGGAGUUAUUGUUUUGGGAUUACUUCUAAUAGCGUGCAUUUUUACUAGUAUUGUAGUGAAUAAUUAUUCGGUUUUUAGUAAAACAGGAAAUUUAGGUGAAGAUACUGUGGAAAUGAGAAAAAUAUAUUAUGCCACGCAUGCGCGUACAUCACCUUGGCUAAUAGGAAUAAUUUUUGGGUAUUUCUUGUACAACCACAGAGACAGCCGAAUAAAAAUGCCAAAGCUAGUCGUAUUUGGCGGUUGGAUAAUAGCAAUGGCCUUAUUAUUAACUGGGAUAUUUUCUUUAUAUCCAAAAGUUUUACCUAGUGCAGAACCUUUGACGACAAUAGAAGGAGCUUUUUACUUGACUUUAAGCAGGGUAGCUUGGCCACUUGCCCUCUCGUGGAUUGUUUUUGCCUGUGUCAAUGGUUACGGAGGAGUUGCAAAUACAUUUCUGUCAUGGCCAUUUUGGCAACCAUUGGCAAGACUAUCAUACUCAAUGUACAUUAUUCACUUGAUGGUUGAAACAAUUACUGCUGGACGAACGAAAGUCAAUGUACACUUCUCAGAUUAUGAUGUGAUUUUACGUUUUUGGGGAGAUUUUGGUAUAACGAUUUUAGUUUCGAUAGUUGCGUACUUAAUGUUUGAGUCACCAAUGUUGGGAAUUGAAAAAGUGUUGUUUAAGACAAAACCGAAAGAACAAGUAAAAACAAUUUCAAAAGAAGGACUCUGCGAUCACGAAUCGUAAAUUGUGUUAAAUGGGAUCGACUAUUUGUGUAUGCACCAGAUAAGGAGGCCCAUCAGCCUCGUAUUUAUUUAAUUUUUAUGUAAAUAAUUUUAUGCAAAUUUUUGUUUUUAAUUUAUGUA